GAAGCCGUCCGCGGCGGAGACACCGACAAAAUGGCGGCGCCGAACUGAGAGGGCCGUGCCGGACGGAGCGAGCGGCCGCGGCGGGCAGCGCGGAGGGACGCGGCGGUCGUCGCCGCGAGGGCGGGGCCGGGACGCUGCCGCUGCCGCCCUCUGGCCGCAGGAUAUCUGCUUUGGAUUGUGGCACGUGUCAGCACUACAAGAAUCACGGUUCAGCAGCGAACAGUCGCUGCCUUCACGUGUUCUGAAACCACCAACCGGACUUCUUGGAGUUUUGCAUUAGCACGAAUCCUUGGUGAAGGUUGCAUAUAUACAUGUUUUCAUGAAGAGAAGUGAGAAACCAGAAGGUUAUAGACAGAUGAGGCCUAAGACUUUUCCUGCCAGUAACUAUACUGGCAGCAGCCAGCAGAUGCUACAGGAAAUACGAGAGAGCCUCAGGAAUUUACCAAAACCCUCAGAUGCUGCUAAAGCUGAUCUCAGCAUGGGGAAGAUGUCAUCUGAAGAUCCUCGACAAGGUCGAAAUCCCCCCAAAUUUGUAACAUAUCAUAAAGUUUUGCAAGAGAUAAGAAACUCGCUGCUGCCCUUUGCAAAUGAAACUACUUCAGCUGUCAAAGGAACGUCAGAAGUUAAUCGACAAAUGCUGCAAGACUUACAAGCUGCUGGCUUUGAUGAGGAUAUGGUUAUACAAGCCCUCAGACAAACUAACAACCGUAGUAUAGAAGCAGCCAUCGAAUUUAUUAGUAAAAUGAGCUACCAGGAUCCUCGUCGGGAGCAGAUGGUUGCAGCUGCAGCAAGACCUGUAAAUGCAGGUAUGAAACCACCAGCAGGGACUGUGCAGCAGUCAGUUAACCGCAAGCAGAGCUGGAAGGGUUCUAAGGAAUCCUUAGUUCCUCAGAGGCACGGCCCUUCCCUGGCGGAUGGAGUAGUUUAUCGCUCGGAAAGUCCCAGCUCUCAGCCUGAUGUAGGAAGGCCGCUAUCUGGAUCUGGCAUUGCAGCGUUUGCUCAGGCUCACCCUGGCAAUGGACAAAGAGUGAACCCCCCGCCACUCCCCCAGAUCAGGAGCGUCACGCCACCUCCUCCACCUCCUCGAGGGCAGACACCCCCUCCCAGAGGAACCACGCCACCACCGCCUUCCUGGGAACCGAACGCUCAGACAAAGCGUUACUCUGGGAACAUGGAAUAUGUCAUCACCCGUAUUUCUCCAGUGCCACCAGGUGCAUGGCAGGACAGUUAUCCACCUCCGCCGAUGAAUCCGCCACCCAUGAAUUCUUCCACUCAGGGUCAGAGAGCCAUGAGUGCUGUCCCCAUUGGAAGGCAACCAAUAAUCAUGCAGAGUUCUGCCAACAGCAAGUUUAGCUUUCCCUCAGGAAGGGCUGGAAUGCAAAAUGGUAAUUGUCCAGCAGACUUCAUAGUUCACCAGAACGUUGUGUCUGGGAACUCAGUCAGUCGCCAGCCACUUCCAUACCCCAUGAACUCAGCUAAUAGGCAGAGUCCGACGGCACUACAGAUGCAGGCAGGGGGAUCUGCUCCCCCUUCAGCAUACACCAAUGGGAAUCUUCCUUCAACAAUGUUGGUGCCAAAUAGAAAUAGUCACAACAUGGAACUUUAUAAUACGAAUGUAGCUGGAAUACCUGCAUCCUGGUCACAGCCUCCACCCGUGCAGCCACAGUCAUCACCUGGCAAUGGGCAUGAAAUCCCUGCAUGGCAACCCAACCUUCCAGCACGGUCAAAUUCUUUCAACAACCAUCAUGGAAAUAGACAGGGUCACGCUAGCAGCUCUCAACCUUCAGCCACUACGGUAACUGCUAUCACGCCAGCUCCUAUUCAGCAGCCAGUGAAAAGUAUGCGUGUGUUAAAGCCAGAGCUGCAGACUGCAUUAGCACCAACUCACCCUUCCUGGAUGCCACAACCAGUACAAACCAUUCCGCCCAUUCCCUUCUCCGAGGGUCCAUCUUCAAACAUGGCUGUUAUGCCACCUGUGGCAGAGGCUCCAAAUUACCAGGGUCCACCCCCACCUUAUCCCAAACACUUAUUACACCAGAGUCCAUCUGUCCAUCCUUACGAGACUGGACCCAAGCUUAACAAAGAGGAACCACCCAUUUCAUCUAAGGAGGAAGAGAAUGAAAAGAAUUAUGAAUGUGUUGAUUCAGCAGACAAAGAAAAGAAACAAAUUACAACAUCGCCCGUUCCUGUUAGAAAAAAUAAGAAAGAUGAAGAACGGCGAGAGUCUCGUAUUCAAAGCUACUCCCCUCAGGCUUUUAAGUUCUUCAUGGAGCAGCAUGUGGAGAAUAUACUUAAGUCACAUCAGCAGCGUUUACAUCGGAAGAAACAACUGGAGAAUGAAAUGAUGCGGGUUGGAUUGUCACCAGAAGCCCGAGAUCAAAUGAGGAAAAUUCUCUACCAGAAGGAAUCCAACUACAACAGGCUUAAAAGGGCCAAAAUGGACAAAUCUAUGUUUGUAAAAAUUAAAACCCUGGGAGUUGGUGCAUUUGGAGAAGUUUGCCUAGCAAGAAAAGUGGAUACUAAGGCUUUAUAUGCAACAAAAACUCUGAGAAAAAAAGAUGUGUUGCUUAGAAAUCAAGUUGCCCACGUUAAAGCUGAGCGGGAUAUCCUUGCAGAAGCUGAUAAUGAAUGGGUGGUUCGUCUGUACUAUUCAUUCCAAGAUAAGGACAAUUUGUACUUUGUAAUGGACUACAUUCCUGGAGGUGAUAUGAUGAGUCUCCUAAUUAGAAUGGGUGUCUUUCCGGAAAAUCUGGCACGGUUCUACACAGCAGAACUGACCUGUGCAGUUGAAAGUGUUCAUAAAAUGGGCUUCAUCCACAGAGAUAUUAAACCUGACAAUAUUUUGAUAGAUCGUGACGGUCAUAUUAAAUUGACUGACUUUGGACUCUGUACAGGUUUUCGAUGGACCCAUGAUUCAAAAUACUACCAGAGUGGUGAUCACGCACGUCAGGACAGCAUGGAUUUCAGCAAUGAAUGGGGUGACCCAGCGAACUGCAGGUGUGGAGAUCGGCUGAAGCCACUCGAACGUAGGGCUGCACGUCAGCACCAGCGCUGUCUGGCCCAUUCCCUUGUUGGCACACCUAAUUAUAUUGCACCAGAAGUGCUGCUACGAACAGGUUACACACAGCUGUGUGACUGGUGGAGUGUUGGAGUCAUUCUCUUUGAAAUGUUAGUGGGCCAGCCUCCUUUCCUGGCACAAACACCUCUGGAAACACAAAUGAAGGUUAUCAACUGGCAAACUUCCCUUCAUAUUCCACCUCAAGCUAAGCUGACUCCGGAGGCCUCUGACCUUAUUAUUAAGCUAUGCCGAGGGCCAGAAGAUCGUUUAGGCAAAAACGGUGCAGAUGAAAUAAAAGCUCAUCCAUUUUUUAAAACUAUUGAUUUUUCGAGCGACCUGCGGCGGCAGUCAGCUUUCUACAUUCCCAAAAUCGCUCAUCCUACGGACACGUCAAACUUUGAUCCAGUCGAUCCAGAUAAAUUGUGGAGUGAUGAUGAUAAGGAAGGAAACGUGAAUGAUACGCUUAACGGAUGGUACAAAAAUGGAAAACAUCCUGAACAUGCUUUUUAUGAGUUCACAUUCCGAAGGUUUUUUGAUGACAAUGGCUACCCAUACAACAAUCCAAAGCCCAUUGAGUAUGAGUAUAGUAGUUCGCAGAACUCAGACCAGCAGUCUGAUGAUGAAGAACAAGCAGGUAGAGGGGUUCAAAAUCGUGACCUAGUUUAUGUUUAGUAGAGGAGUGAACACUAAAUAAACAGUUUAUUUUGCAGCUGAUGUUUUUGAGAAGUGUUUUCUCUGAACAGAAUUGAGAGAAGAUCGCUAGGGUGAAUAUAUGCAUGUUAUUUUAAACACUAAGUUGUCUUCAUUUUUCCAUCUUUGUACAUUUUGUUUCCCCCAAAAUCCAGGAAAUUCCUUUUCAAAAAUUAAUUUAUUCCAACAUUGUUAAUUGUUUAAUUUAGAAGAGAUUUGAUGUUAGGUGAAAAAAAUUAUCACUUGAAUUUUAUCAUUGAUCUCUGUACUCUAAGUACUUAAAAUAGGAAGUAGUGAUUUAUUUUUUUCCACCCUGAAAUGAUGCCUGAUAUCUAUUUGUACAUAUACUAAAUAAUUUUUAAAAAACAAGUCUUUGUUUCAAUUUUUUUUUUAAUGACAGCUCUUCCUUCGCAUUGACCAAAUAUAAAAGUAACUUGACACUAAUAAAGCUAUCUGAUGAGUUUGGCAGCCCCCUCCUCCCCUUCCCUGUACCCUCACUGCUCACUGUAUUUAGUUGUAUUUAUUCAGUGCUGGGGAAAACUGAGCCAUCUUAUCUAGUGAAACAUUUCCAGCUGCUGUGGCAGUGGCGUAGUUCUCAGCUUUCAAACAGGAAAGAGUCUUGGCUAUACUAUCAUUAUGAAGUGAUAAAGCAUUAGAACUGGUCUUUUAUUAAAUACUUAAUUGAAUUUGACAUUAGUGAUGCUUUUAGUAUGUGAGUGGCGCUCGGAGCAGGGGUCCUCACUCAGAAACAACUUGAUUGUCUCAUGUCAUCAGUUCUCUUAAGGUUUUGAGAGGAAGCAAGCUUUGGGAAAAAUACUUUUUGAAAUCUAGUUUAAAUUUUUCCAACAAACUGUAAAGUGCAUUUUAAAAAUAUGGCCUUAGUUGGAAUUUCUAGUUUGAAAACUACAUUUUAGAAUAGUUUAUUUAUUAUAGGUUUGAAAUAGUAAUGAGAGAAGAGCAGAAAGUAUGGUUUUUCAGAGUUCUUGUAGAGGUUAGUUGCAUUUGCUUUUAACGGGUUUCCUCCUAGUGACGCUGGCAGAGAGAAAUACCAUGCACCCAUCUAUCUGAGCUGUUAGUUUUCCUCGGUACGUUUUCAGCGGUUCAUCUUUUCACAGCCCGGUUCAGAUAAGGACUAGUAACCUGUGUCUGUCUGCUGUAUGUUGUGCGUUCCUAUUUCACAACUUCCCUCAGUGGGUGAGCAGGUGUCCCUUUGGCCUCGUGCUGGGAGGGCAGUGAGCCCUGCUGAGGUUGCCAGGAGCAGGAAGCCAGGCAACCCUGUGAAAAAAAUUCCCUGAGACAACACCUGGAGUUUCAGGUGAGAGGCAGAAAGAAUUACGCUUUUAUCUUAUUUUUAUCGUGUGCCCCGGUGGCGCAGUGGUAGCAAUGCCGCGUUGCAACACCGGGGCCCGGGUUCGAAUCCCCCUGUGGCGCAAGUGGUAGAAGUGCCGCUCUGCUACACAGAGGCUCAAAUCCCGGGGGUUGGACUCGAUGAUCUUUAAGGUCCCUUCCAACCCGCACGAGACUAUUACCUAUAUUACCUAUUUCUCUCCAUCUUGCUCUAUUCUAUGAAUUUAACACAGCAGUAAAGAAAAUGCACUAUUUUAGUAAACUUCAUUCCUUUUUAAAUCCAUCCUUCUUAGAAUUGAAUUCCAAUAACUUGUUAAAGUGUACCUGUGUAGUGUUGGUGCUCUCUUAAGUUAUUAUUUUGUGCCACUGCAUUGUCCUUGUGACUAUUCUUGCAGCAAACUUCAGUUACUAAUUCAGUUUUCUCACUAAGUUGGUCUAAGAAAUUCUCAUGUGCUUUCAGCCACUUGUUGCCUUUCUGUGCUCCAAUUCAGUACAUGGUUUUGUGUCAGUGCAACCAUUUACAAUGUUAAUUGUUUGCUUGGCAUAAAAACAGUCUUUAGCAUCUGGAGGGUUGUUGUAGUGCAUGUUCAUUGAAGUGAACCAGCGUGGUCCAAAAAAUGGCUUAUGUUGGCAUAACUGAGGGAGGAGUGGAUUGCAGGGAUGGCAGCAUGGAAACUUCAUAAACAGGCUUUGUCAUAUGAGAAGGGAUUCUUUUAAAUUCACCCAUCUCCUUAGAAGUGCCUAGAAUUAGAAGAUGCUUUAAAAAUCAGAAAAACCAAUGCUUUUCAUAACCGAGUAGUUAUUCUCUACAGUGAAAAUGGGCUGUAGCUUAAUAAAACAAAUCACGUUUUGUUCAGCUGUUCUGCAACUGUUGGAAACGGAACAGCUUUGAAGAUUGAUUUCUUUUAGUUUGAUUAUUAUAAAAUGGCUGCAGCGUGUAGCUACUCCAUUUUAUGUAAAAAAGAUGGUUUCCAGUGUAAAUAAACUUUUAAAGGUUAUCCUCUUUCAUAGUAAGUAUCCCAGUAAAACUGGUCUACUUUGCUUGGAGUAAAGUAUAAUAUAUUACUAGUUAAAGGUAACUUAAUGAAACCUACCAUUUGUGAAGUUUGCAGAGAAAAUAAUGUCAGUUCUUCAUUAUUAAAUUGACUGUUAAAAUUGCUUUUUUUUUUUUUUAUCUGAGUAUACUUCUCUUUUGCUUGCUUUAUAUUAUGUUAUUAUAUUCCUAUUUAAUGUUGCAACUGGUCUCUAGCUAGGGAGUUUAAAAUAGAAAAACAAGCCCCCAAUUACAAAAACCCAAAAGGGUCGUGCAAGGCACCGCCAUUCUGUAUGAGCAAAAAUGAUGGCUUUUGUUAAAAGAAAUGGAGUGCAAAUAGUGAAAUACUGAAUAUUGUUUUACCAUUUCAAAACAAACAUAGAGCUCACGUUUUUAGACUUUGGUAGAUACUUUUGGCAUUUUCUGUUCCCUUGUGUUAGAAGUUGUAGUGUUCCUUGUCUGAAUUUUGCCAUCUGUACGCUAAAUGUUUCUUUGCAAAAAUGCAGUGUGUUUCAGUCCACGUUCUUCUCUGAGAAGAAAAAGUUGCUUAUGUAAUGAUGGUGCAACUCCAACAUACUAUGCCUUACCCAUGUUUGAAACGUCACGUUUCACACACUUUGAGUCUAUUGAGAUUCUUCUGGCUGCUGCUUAAAACAUGGGUGUUUCACUGGCUACUCAUCAUGGGGAUUGGUUUAUACUGGCAGUAGAGAAACCAGCAGCUGUGGAAUUAUGCAGUGAGUUUUAGUUCAGAUUACUUUUCUCUCUGUAAAGCAUGAAAAUAAAUUUCUCAUGUGUAUCCUUGUAUACAUAUAAAUUGUAUUUAUAAGAUAUUCUAUAAUCAUAUACUGUAUUGUAAAUACUAUUUGAUAUUCAGUGGCAUUCUAUCCUAGGGCAGGCCCUCUUGCUGUAUCUUUUCUAUCCUCAGUUUGUAAUAGACUCUAUAGAAUAUAUGGCUAGGACACCACUGAGGCUGACUUGCCUUCUGCUGUUGCAAAGCUCUAAGCUGUGAGUGGGAAUGAUUUAGUUUCAUUUAAUAUUGUUUAGCUGAUAGGCGGUGCAGUGGGUGGGUUCUUAGAAGUUGCUGCUGUCACUGAAGAUACAGUUAGGCAUUGGUUUCAGAUGUCUUUGGCAUUUCAGAUCAGACCUUUUAAUGUUUGCUUUAGUUCAGCCAAAGCAAAAAGAUGUUAAAUUGGGUCAAUGUGAUAGUCAAACAUUUGAAUGCCUUAAGAUGCUCUUGAUAAAGGCACUAUUCAAGUUUACUGAUUUAUAUAUAUCUAUAUAGGCACAUAUAUAGAUAUAUUGUGUGUAUAUGUGUAUAUAAAUAAUGUCUUUUUUUGUAUUAUAAACAUUCUUCUGAUUGUCACAGUUCCUUUGGAUCUUCAAUUAAAUACAUAGACCACUGCA